AUGGCGCAGAGGCCGACGGCGCCGAGGGGACGAAACCCCGAGCAGACGGGCCAAGCCGCCUGGAUGGCGACCGAGAAAGUGAACGCCGAGCUGUUCACGCUGACGUACGGUGCCAUCGUCCGGCAGGUGCUGCACGACUACGAGGACUGCGUGGAGGACGUCAACAAGAAGCUGGACUCGAUGGGUUUCGACAUCGGGUGCCGGCUCGUCGAAGAUUUUCUCGCCAAGACGAGCACCACUCGUUGCGGCGACUUCAAGGAGACCGCCGAGGUGGUCGCCAAGGUCGGGCUCCGGCUGUUCCUCGGGAUCGGUACCCGGGUCGGGGAGUGGAACCCCGAGGGCACCGAGUGCGUCAUCACGCUGGACACGAACCCGCUCGCGGAUUUCGUCGAGCUGCCGGAGAAGUACCGCGACCUGAGCUUCUCGCAGAUGCUGUGCGGCGUGAUUCGGGGAGCGCUGGAGAUGGUGAGCGUGCGGGUGACGUGCGAGUGGGCGAGGGACGCGCUGCGCGGAGGAGACGGGUACGCGAUCAGGCUGCUUUGA